UACUACAAUCCCAUGAUGCUCUUUCACCAGCGAGAGUAGCGCGUGCGUGGUUGAAGCUAGCAGAGGCCUGAGAGGUCCAAAGCUUGUUUGCUCCCCGUGAACCUCUCCUUGAGGCACUUCAGCCCUCUGAGAGGACGGGAAGAUGAGUAGUUCUGAGGAAGUGUCCUGGAUUUCCUGGUUCUGUGGCUUGCGCGGCAAUGAGUUCUUCUGUGAGGUGGAUGAAGAUUAUAUCCAAGACAAGUUCAACCUGACUGGUCUUAAUGAGCAAGUUCCCCACUAUCGCCAGGCCUUGGAUAUGAUCCUUGAUUUGGAACCAGAUGAGGAGCUCGAGGACAACCCUAACCAAAGUGACUUGAUUGAACAAGCAGCUGAAAUGCUCUAUGGGCUCAUCCAUGCCCGCUACAUCCUCACAAAUCGUGGAAUUGCCCAAAUGCUUGAGAAAUACCAGCAAGGAGACUUUGGCUACUGUCCCCGAGUUUAUUGUGAGAACCAGCCCAUGCUGCCCAUUGGCUUAUCUGAUAUCCCAGGGGAGGCCAUGGUUAAACUAUACUGCCCCAAGUGCAUGGAUGUCUACACCCCCAAAUCUUCCCGCCACCAUCACACAGAUGGGGCCUAUUUUGGGACUGGCUUCCCCCACAUGUUGUUCAUGGUGCACCCCGAGUACCGGCCGAAGCGACCUGCUAAUCAAUUUGUGCCCAGACUUUAUGGAUUCAAGAUCCACCCUAUGGCUUACCAGCUGCAGCUUCAGGCCGCCAGCAAUUUUAAGAGCCCAGUCAAAACUAUCCGUUGAUCUUCUACAUCCAGAGGAUGCCCAGGGUCCUUACCUGAUAAUUCCCUUUACCCCAGGCAGGGCUGCUCAUACUUUGAUUUUGAUAUAGUCCCCUGUGGACUAUUCUUUGUCACUGUCCAGCCUGAUUUUUAGUCUCACUUCUGGUGUUUGGUUUAAAUUAAUAAUAAUAAAUUUCUGUUAAUUCCCAGAAACACGGACUGUGACAGACAAAUUCAGUAACCAACUUGAAUGUCAUGACUUUGUGGGGCACUUUUUUCUUUUUAAAAAAUAAAAUACAUUUAAAAUGUAAAA